CAUUAGUCACUUUACAACCUUCAAAGUAAAGAUACUAAAAACAUGCUGCUCUGAUCUCCACCCAACAGAAGGUUUUCAGUUAUUAAAUACAAGACUGAAGGCAGAGACCCACAAGCACGCAGCAGCUUGAGGUGGAUGCAGUAAAGGCCUGAAGAGGAGGAAACACUGGUGAUGUCUGUGGUUUCUAGACUUCAGGCAGAUCCUGAUUGCAGACAUUAAAACGUGAGACUGUAUAAAUGUUUGCAAUUCCUAGACAGUUAAAGCAACACUGGUGUUGAAGCCUAAACUAAAGGUGAAAGUUUACAAGCCAAACACAUCUCUAUAGUUUAAUUCAAAGCCCACUGAGGUGGUGUACAGAAGCAAAGCUGCAAAAGAGCUGCCUUUAUCCAGAAACACGUUCCUAACUUCCUUCCUGUCACAGCUUUAAGAAUGAAGCUUAAAAAAAUAAAGCAAUAAUUUCAUUCCCUGUUAAACAUUCUUAGCUUUAAAACAUUGUUUUAAUUACAAAAGGAUUAUUAGUUAUUUAUUUUAAGCUUGUGCUAAUGUUUUUUAACUAAAAAUUCACUGUACCGCUGCCUUGAUAGGUCAAUUUGAAUUUUCAAACGUAUUACGUAUAGCCACACGUGCGCACAAUGGACCAAUUAGCGAUGUAGUGGCGCCAGCGGCGGGCUAUAAAGGGGCAUCUGCGCGGUACAGCGUAUAACGUUCCUUUCACAAACCAAGAUGGCCAGAACGAAGCAGACCGCCCGUAAAUCCACCGGAGGAAAGGCUCCCAGGAAGCAGCUAGCCACAAAGGCUGCCCGUAAGAGCGCCCCGGCCACUGGAGGUGUGAAGAAGCCUCACCGCUACAGGCCCGGUACCGUGGCUCUGAGGGAGAUCCGCCGUUACCAGAAAUCCACCGAGCUGCUGAUCCGCAAGCUGCCCUUUCAGCGCCUGGUCCGUGAGAUCGCGCAGGAUUUCAAGACAGACCUGCGCUUCCAGAGCUCCGCCGUAAUGGCUCUGCAGGAGGCGAGCGAGGCUUACCUGGUCGGUCUGUUUGAGGACACAAACCUGUGCGCCAUCCACGCCAAGCGGGUCACCAUCAUGCCCAAAGACAUCCAGCUGGCCCGCCGCAUUCGCGGGGAGAGGGCUUAAGCUGAUCUGAGACCAGUUUAUGUACAACGGCUCUUUUAAGAGC